AUGCUGAAGCGACAACUCAAGAACUCUUCUUUGAUCUCUGCAAUUUUCGUCGCCAACUUGACUACGUUCACGUCGCUUAAGGAGAUCAACGACAGCGCCUCUCUUACCGCGUAUAUCGGCUUCUUCGCACUCCUCUGGAUGACAUGGUACUCGAACUCCCUAUUCGAUGUUCGAUUCACCGCAGACUGCAUCUUCGAGCGAUGCGCCAAGGCUCUGCACUACGCUGUCAUGGUCGGCUUCGCUGUCGUUGGUCCCGCUUGGGAGCCUGGAAAAGCUACAAGCUCCCUCCAGAAGUAUCAAGUCUUGUCAUUCAUCCUUAUGGUCUCUCGCCUGGUACUUGCUGCUCAGUACGCCGUGACGUUGUUCUUCUUGCGUAAACAUCGAAGAACAAUCCUUCCGAUGUCUCUAGUCAUCGGCUCAACGCUUGGUGCCGCGCUCAUAUAUGGGUCCAUUACGGCUGCGCUACCGAAAGAGACAUGCAACGUUGAGUUGGGUGUUUGCAAGAAAUUUACGACGCACUUUCAUAUCGCAUGGUACGCUAUCAGCACCCUAGAGAUCAUCUUCACAGUCGGGAUAUCGUGCAUUUGGCGCGUCAUCUCCUUCAAAGGCACACAUCUUGUGCAGCGCAUGUCGUUACUCACUCUGAUCAUCCUUGGGGAAGGCAUUAUCGUCAUCUGCAAGGCUAUCUCCAAGAUCGUCAAGAACGGCUCGCAGUUUGAUGACGCACUCACUGGUCAGAUUGCCGCCGCAGUGCUAAUCAUUUAUCUACUGUACAUGCUUUACUUCGAUCGAAUGCAUGAAGAGCACUUCGGUACCAUCAAGCAGCAAGUCUGGGCCUCGUUGCAUUUCUUCUUACACAUCACGCUGGUCUUGGUCCUACAAGGUGUCUCAUACCUUAUCAUGUGGGUUGUCGCCUUGAUCCGAAUGGACAACGUUGAUGGAAAAUUCCGCGAAAUUGAAGCGCUUAGCGUUAACGGCGCUUAUGCAAAUGGUACCCUCUUCGCGAAUGCUCUCCGUCAAAAAAUUGAUACGUACCUUUGGAAUACCAUUCCCAAGGGCGUCGACGCAAGCAAAGCACUCGAGACAUGGAACAGCAGUUUGAUCGUACUAGCGCAGAGCUUCGACAACCUGCAGAAGGACAAAGCAAACUUGACAGCUGUGGACAUGAUCACCACUAGCCUGAAUAAUGCAGAAAGCAUGGCGAUUCAGACCAUGUUCGACAGCCUUUCCAUCUCGGUACCCAAGACAGCGAAGACAACGACCGAAAACGUUCUGAACAAGGUCUUCGACAAGGCCAGUCUCCUCAAGAAGUAUGAGAUGCGAUUCGAGCUUGUCUUUGACUAUGUCUUCCUCUCGGCCGGUCUCGCCAUUUUAUUCAUGGCUAUAAUUGCCUUCAUCUCGUUGCCGGACAAGAAACGCCACCUUCGUCAAUAUAUGCGCCUCUUGUUCAGCGUUAUCCUCGGCCUCGCGAUCUGUCUGAUAUGCCUCGUUAAUACCAACAAGCCGAAUCAAAAGCACUACAUGGAGAGCAACUGGAUGUUACCGACCAUCUGCAUAAUCUUCGCUGUCUGUGUACUGGUGAGCCAUGCGAGGCCUUGGUGGCAUUCUCAUCACAGGUGGCAUGGGGCUUGA